UUUCAAAAACAAAUAUGAUCAAAUGUAAUUAAUAAUUUCAUUGCUAUUUACAGAGUUCGAUUUUAAUAGAUUUUGUAAAUUAAUAAUUAUGAUCUUUAUAAAAGUUUGAUUUAUGCGAAGGGCUGUGAAUAUUUAAUACUAGUUUCAUAUUAUAUAUUAUUAAUAGUUAUUAUGGCUUUCAUACCCAAAAAUGUCAUUGACAAAGCUGAAGAUAUCUCAGAAUUGGUAGUAAAAAAUUGUAACACUUAUUUGCCAACUGCUUCGAGACUAUGUUUAAUAUCAACAUUUAUUGAAGAUGGUCUUCGUAUGUAUUUUCAAUGGUCUGAACAAAGCAAAUACAUGGAUAUGUCUUGGAAUUGUGGCAUGUUUUUAGCAACUAUUUUUGUUCUUGUUAAUUUACUGGGACAACUUGGUGGAUGUGUUCUUAUACUGGUACAAAAACAUGUGCGAAUUGCAUGUGGAGUUUUAUUUUUUAUUGUAGUAUUACAGACAGUAGCUUACAGUAUUCUAUGGGAUCUACACUUCUUGUUAAGAAAUUUUGCAUUAAUUGGAGCAUUAUUGUUAGUUUUAGCUGAUAGUGAGGUGGAAUCCAGACCUUUACUUGCAGGAGUUCCAUCAUUAGGCGAAAAUAAACAAAAGAACUAUAUGCAAUUAACAGGCAGAUGCUUGAUCGCGUUUAUGUUUAUCACUUUAUUGAAAUUUGAAAUUUCAUUUUUCCAGCUUAUUCAAGAUAUAUUGGGAACAAUAAUGAUGGUAUUAGUUUUUAUUGGAUAUAAAACUAAACUUAGCGCAUUAGUAUUGGUUUUAUUCUUAACAAGUUUGAAUUUCUAUUAUAAUGCUUGGUGGACAAUACCAGAUACAAAACCCCUUCGUGAUUUUCUAAAAUAUGAUUUUUUCCAAACUCUCUCAGUGAUUGGUGGUUUAUUAAUGAUUGUACUUAGAGGUCCAGGUGGUGUAUCAAUGGAUGAACAUAAGAAAAAUUGGUAAUUUUAAAUGUAAAAUAAAUAUCUCAAGUUAUGUAAUAAAAAAAUAGUAAUAAUAAAGAAUUAUAGUUUUAAAUGCAGACUAUUGUAAUUAAUUUGUUAAAGUUUUCAAUUUACAAUUAUAUAUGAAAUACAUUUUUUUAUUUUUUACCAAAUA